UUGACGACGUCAUAAAAUUCGCCAAACAGAUGCUGUUUUUUUGGUGGGACGGGGAGAGCGAGGUGUCUCUUCACAUGUCGCUGCCUCCACUGACUUGGAAAAUAUUAGCUAGCUCAUGAAAUCAAGUGUCAGUAUUUGUUGGGGGGGGAUUUGCAAUCAUUGGCUUCAUCUCUGUCGAUAGGGAAUGAACGACGAGACAACACCGGGCAGUUGCAAGAUAAACUCUGGGUGCUCCAGUAUUGAGCAAAUGCUGGCUGUGAACCCCGGCAAGACACCCAUCAGUCUGCUACAGGAGUAUGGAACGCGGAUAGGUAAGGCAGAGAUGGUCUAGGAAUGCUUCCUCUUCUGUCUCAGAGUCUGGGUAACACCCCAGUGUACGACCUGCUCAAGGCCGAGGGCCAGGCGCACCAACCCAACUUUACGUUCCGCGUGUCCGUGGGAGAGAUCAGCUGCACCGGCCAGGGGCCCAGCAAGAAGGCUGCCAAACACAAGGCAGCAGAGGCCGCCCUGAAGAUGAUGAAAGGAGGACUAGGGGGACCAGUGGUGCUGGGAGAAGGAUUGGGAGAAGGGUUUAUUGGGGUGGAAGAGCCUUUGGAUGGGGACAGUUCUCCGUCAGAGAUGAAGACUUCAGGAAGCGGCACGUCUCAGCAGUCAGAAUGUAACCCUGUGGGAGCUCUGCAGGAGCUGGUGGUUCAGAAAGGCUGGCGUCUGCCAGAGUACACCGUGACCCAAGAGUCGGGUCCUGCCCACCGCAAGGAGUUCACCAUGACGUGCCGGGUCGAGAGAUUCGUUGAAAUUGGCAGUGGCACAUCGAAGAAGCUAGCCAAGCGGAAUGCAGCAGCUAAGAUGUUGUCCAGGAUCCAUGAUGUUCCUGUAGACCUGAGGAGCAGCCACGAGACUGAGCCUGAGGACGACACUUUUAUCAUGAACAUGGGCAGCAGGGUGGAGGCAGGGAAGUGUAAAGGUCUGGGUUGUACCUGGGACUCUCUGAGGAACUCUGCUGGGGAGAAGAUUCUGCAGCUGAGGAGCCACCCUCUGGGCAUGCCCAGCUCUGACUUCUGCUCUCUGCUACACGACCUUUCAGAGGAGCAGCGCUUUGACGUCAGCUACCUCGACAUAGAGGAGCGCAGUCUGAGCGGACUGUGCCAGUGUCUGGUAGAACUAUCCACUCAGCCAAUCACAGUGUGCCACGGCUUCGCACCCAAUCAGGACGCUGCCCGCGCCAGCGCAGCCCACAAUGCACUGCAGUACCUCAAAAUCAUGGCUGGGGGGAAGUGACCGUCUCCCAGACCGACCUCUCCAUGGCAACGACUAGACCCUGAUCAUAUGACAUCCACCUCGGAGGGUGGAAGCAUCUUCCAACCAAUGGUGGUCAAGGGAAGUGACCAUUGAUUGACCCAGAAUUACCCAUGAUGUGGGAAUUGGAAUUGAGAUUUAUCCCCCCCCACAGCCCCAUAGUCGUCCUAUCUGGUCUGUUCAUUCCUAAAUGCCCCCUGAAGAUAUCCCACAUAGCCCUAGAUCAUUUGUCCCAAUGCCCUGAAGAUAUCCCAUAUAGUCCUCAAUGUCCUCUUGAUUGGCUACACUGGCUAUUUAUUUGGAUGGUCAGUCACCCACCUGCUCUGCUGUUACAUGCCUAGAGAGAUACUCUGCGAAAGGGAAAAAUACAUUUUACUACAACCCCCAUUUGACUGUAGCCUCAUUGACUUUUUUUUAGUUGCCACAUCUACAAUGAUUGGCUUUGGUUGCCUUUUCAUUAGCUAGUACUUUGUCGUCAACCAAAAAUAUUUCUUCCCCCCCCCCCCCCCCGUUGAAGAAGUCUUGGCCUGAAUGAAGUCUAAUUUUGGACAUUGAAAAGUGGACAUUUAAUGACAUGAAUUCUCAAAUUGGAGACUUGUGUACUUUUAUUGCCAAGUUGACAAGAUCCAGCCCAUCUGUCUUGUCAUUUUUGUGUUUAGUAAUUGGCCGUUUUUUUUUUUUUUUUGAAGAGUCAUCUGAUAACUGUUAAAAGAUGUACAUUUUAAAUUGUGAUUGCUUAACAUCUGAAAUGCAAAAUGUUAUUUUGGGUUGAAAUUACAUUUAACAUUUGUGUACUUUACCAUUGAAUUUUUUUCCUUUGUCAGACCUCACCCUGUUUGAAAUUGUGAAUAGAUUACUGUGAUUUUUAAAAUUGGUAAUUUUAGGAUGUCAGAAGUUAAGUUGUUUGAGUAGCUGGUUGCUCUCGUAAAACCGUGUCAAUGGCCCCUCAAUGAAUUGAUAAUAUCACUUCCCUGAACUGGUUGCUCAUAAUGUCUGAAAUGGACCAUCUCAUUAGCCUGUGUGCCAGUCUGUUCAUGGUCUCUUACCCACAACUUAUGGAAUUGCAAUGUUAAACAAUGACAAUAAGAGGAGGCCAAAAGCACAAACAGAUCUGGGACCAGGUUAGUGUCUAAUGGAAUUGUAUCGCUGCAUUUUAAUAUAGUAGAUCAUCUAAGUUGGAUUCCUUUAUACAACGGCUGACUAAUCUGCUCCUCAUCUACCUCCUGUUACAUGCUAAUGGUAUAGCCUGAAUUCUAUAUCCUCUCCCAUGUUUACUCCCACCAGUUCAAAUAGUCAAGCCUUCAUGGUUUCAUAUGGGAGGUUGAGUCAAGAAUAGUUUUGGUGGUGUGUCUGAAGUCAACUUGGCUGUAGUAGGGUGGCUAUAGGUUGCUGCUACAUCUCAUGAUGAGCAAGCAGUGAGAGAAGAAACACAUCACAUACCACACCUCUGAUUCAGAUUAGUUGGGUGGAAGACCUGACUAGGUAUCCUCUCUCCCCCCCCCCCCUUUUCCAAUGUUUGACGAUUUUGUGGAAAGUGUUGCCCAAAUACAUAGUUGAACUGAAAUGUGGCCUAUCACGGUUUUGAUUUGUUCCUUUUUGAAUAAAAUACUUGAUUUUAGUGCAAAUAAAGGUUUAUUGAAAUCA